CUCGCGAGAUAAGUAUUAUUUUAGUUAGUGAUAAUUUAUUAAGUAGGUAGAUAUUUCUUCUGUGGUCUCGGUUCGGAAAAAAUUUGCGGUUAAAACGCAUUAGAUUAAUGCAUUUCCAUUCAUUUCUUGAUAUAUGAUUGCAAUGUUCGAAUUAAAAAUCAUCCUGCUGCUCUACUUUUGCUGCCAUUGUGUCGCAUUUCAGGAUUUUGAUGAAAACGACAAUGGUCUGUUCGAGGACAAUGCAGGAGCUGGGAGAGUUCGAAGAGCAAUCAAAUCCGGCAAAAAGGACCUCUCGACUGUAUGCUCGAAAUCCGCCUGUAAAUCGGCAACAUCACAAAUGCUCGUCUCAAUGAACCAUCAUGCAGACGCUUGCGAGGAAUUCCAGGAAUUAGUGUGCGGCAACAAAGUACAAAUAAACGGUUUCACGUACGAAAAUUUCCAAAUUCUCGAAAAUUACAUAUUCGCCAAUGUAACGUACAAAUCGGAAAAAUUCCUGCAGGACUUCAAGAAAUUUUACGAAAGCUGCUUGCACUACAACGUCGAUUUUAAUUUUUUGAGUAAUUUGGACAAAGUGAAAUCUUCAACAGCGAAGGAUCUCACCGAUGUAUUCGUGGAAUCCAUUUUGACCGAGUCCAUGCCUUUCUUCGACGUCAGUCUGGAUAUCGGAUCCUCGGAUGAAAACUACCAAUUUUUGCUCUCGUUACCAGGCGAAAGCUAUCUCAAAACUUACUUAAGAGGCUGGUCGAUUUUAGACCAAAGUGAGAACCAUUGCACAGAUUUCGCGCAACACUCUAUAGGAUCAAAGACAGUCGAUCUGGAUGAACUUUAUGACAAAUAUUUGAAAUGCAAACGCGACACUUUGUUCAAAUACGCUGAAGAUUUCGAAGCAGUUAUGAAACUUACCAAUAAGUCUACUACUAAUGAGGCUUUUCUUAAAGAAGCAUUAGAAUUAUAUCAGAAAAACGUAUUACCCAGCGAUUACAUUAGAGACACGAUCAAUUCCAAAAAAUUAACCGAAAUGACGAUAGAUGAAAUCAAUAGUAAAUACGGACUCAUCGAUUGGAAGAAAUUUUUCGGAAAAAUCACCACUAACAGAACCUUUACAGGCAACGAAAAGGUUUUAGUAGCCUUCUCGGGCUACUACCAAACUCUCUUCGACCAAUUCAGAAAGAUCGAUACAGGGAAGUUGACGAAAAUGCUCCAGGAUUUAACCAGCCUGCAUCUCUACCGCAAUUUCCUUACGCCCAGAGGCGCCAGCAAGAGACUGUACUGCAUGGACCUGACGCAGCAACUCAUGCCGGACAUCGUUUCCUGGAUACUCUACGACUUAUCCCCAGCCAGUAAAAUAUACCUCGCCAUCUAUCAAUCGAAAAACAUCUUCACGGACCUCAAGAAAAUCCUGAAAGCGUCCUUCCAGGAUUCCUCCCUAGACGAUAUGACUAAGGACAAAUUCAUCAAGAAACUGGAUAGGUUGAAUUUGGGACUCAUCACGGAAGGGGAUACCAACACCACCAGGGAUAAUUACAGGCACGUUAAGGUUAGGAACGAUUUCCAAGAGAACACCAUGACGCUGUUGAUCAACUCCAAGAAGUUCCUGUAUAAUAUUGUUGGAUCCAAAUCUUCACCGGCUUCUAUAUUGAAUUUCUUCGUUAAUGGUUUUUACACGAAACCUGUGACGUUUUACACCAGUGAUUCCAUAGGUAUGUAUGUAGUUGUAUUAGAAUUAUUACAAAUUCCAGUGGAAAUUCCAGUUUUGCAUCCAGAAAUAUAUAAAAGUGUGCCUACUAGUCUGCCCGAACACGUCCGUCUGGCAAAAUUAGGUUUCUCUCUAGCUCAAGGAAUAGCUAAACAUUUCGAUGCAGUAGGCCGUUUGUUUAUGACCGAUGGAAUUAGAUCCAGCGAUAACUAUUACGACGAAUUAAUCAAACACAUGAUGGAGAUUUUCAAUAAUUACUACACGAAAACACCUCUAAGUUUCCACAACAGCAACCUAAAAUUUAAGCCGGUUUCAGGCAAACUAUUCGCUAACGAAAUGAUAGUAGAUAACGCAGCGUUUAAAUUAAUCACGGAAAAAUUCGGGAAAAUCAAGAAACAGAAAGACUUGCCGUGGAUCAACAACGGUAGCAUCACAUUGAAUCAAACAUUCUUCAUAGCCGGAGCUCAAGAAUAUUGCGACGAUCAAUCGGAAGCAACUUUUAUGCUGGAUUUGUUGGAAAAACGGCGAUUGCCCUACCAACUGAAGAUCCGAAAUAUAAUGAGCAAUUCGGAAUUGUUCACCAAGUCCUUCGAAUGUUUGGAAGGAUCGGCACUGUGGCUGGACCCGAGUAUUGUCAGACAAUUUCCACAGGCUCCCGAUGAUUUCGAAGACGGACAGUCUUAUGGACAAUACCAGAAUUAAAG